AAAUGCUGCGAAAAAUCCCAAAACAUGUGACUAUUGUGUUAAACGAGACGGAAACCCUUUUCUUGCUUGAACUUCCAAGUUCUGUGGUCCCGCGGGACACUGACGAGGGCGAAGCCGCCGAGAUGGACAACCGCCUUUACGAAUACUUAACAAAGGGUAAAGGGCGUAAUCGCAAAGUUGCAACAACUGGAGUACAAACGAGGCCUGUUUUAAUGAAAACGCGAAACACGGAACCCGUCCAGUACAAGUUCAGGGACAACUCAACGUUUGCUUCAAACUGGGAGAUGUAUGAUACCUACAAUGCCAGUUUUGUUGAAAGUGUUGAGUUGGAGGAAACAAACGACCAUGAGUUAAUUGCGGAAGUGUCUUUGGAUGAACUAAGGAAGAGUCGAGAGACCAAAGAGUUGGAGAAGUUGUCAGUGAAUAAAAACUACUUCGACGCUGUUCUAGUAAUUGAACGCCUUUUGGCCAACAAUUGUUACAACAACGAACAGAAGAAGUUCAAAGGGUUGGUGGACGAGGCCGAGGAAAUCCGCUACGAUUACAAGCUGGACUUGCUGUGGACUUUCGCCAACGAAGACACGAAAAAUAGGUGCGUUACCGGGAUCUCGUUCAAUUCUUUCACCGAAGAUAUGGUAGCUGUGGGCUAUGGCAAGUACUAUUUUAUUGACCGGAGAAAGACCGGGGUUGUGAUGGUGUGGAACAUAAAAAAUCCCAAACAGCCCGAGCGCGAGUACUACUUCAGACACCCGGUCACGUCCCUUGCGUUUUCAACAAAAGACCCGAACUAUCUGGCUGUUGGGUUCUACAAUGGGGAGCUCCUAGUUAUAGAUGUCAGCAAAAGGGACUUUGAGAUGGUUGGGGAGGACUCUAGCACUUCGUUUAAACCGGCCUGGAACAUGGUAUGGCUGGAGCAAAACCAGAAGGAAUUUCUCCUGGUUUGUUUCGGCGACGGUCGGGUUUGCAAGUACUUGGUGACCCAAGCGAAGCUCGAGUGUGUACAAAUUAUGAGGACGGAUAAAAUUGAAGGGAAGCUGAAAGGGUUACCAGCCUUGCGGUUGUUUGAAGGCAAUCAGGUUUCGUCGUCUAGGUAUGCCGGCGCUCUUUGCUUAAGUGUGCACAAGCCGGACCCUGCCUUCUACCUUGUGGGUACAGAGGAAGGUGUCAUACACAAGUGUGCCGCAAGUUACUGUACCCACCAUGUGGACAUGUUCAAAGCGCAUGAAGGCCCCAUUCACACUAUUAAGUUUUCACCAUUUGUUGAAAAAGUGUUUGCGACCUGUGGUGACGACUUUCAGAAGUGUUUGUGGAUCGAGGGGAUUAGUGAGCCCUUGAUUGUCUCGCGGUUUUGCAUGGAGCCGGUGCUUGAUGUCGACUGGAGUCCGUCACACUCGACUAUCAUUGCAAGUCUUCGCGGCAUGGACAUCUUCCUGUGGGACUUGCAAAGGAAGAUCUACUUGCCACAGUCCCAAACUAAGUCACCCACGAAUUCAAGAAACACGGUUUGUAAGUUUAGUGCUUGUGGCAAGUGUUUAGUGGUCGGGGACAUUGACGGUAAUGUCCACACGUUUGCUGUGAGCGGGCUACCAAUUCCUGCCUUCUUUCAACAAAACCUAUUUUUCCAGUCGAUUAAAAACAUCCUGCAAACCAAUACGGAUCUAAUCGGCAAACUCGAAAAGUUGGCAAAUUAACAAUCAGACAAUUUUUUUUAACAAUAAUAAUGCUAAUAACAUUUUUGGUCAAAAAAAUUAAAACACUGAAAAACGAAACACAUGUAAAUACUAAUACCUAAAACAAAUUUCAUAAGACACAUAAAUUGUUAGUUAAAGAAUUCUUCGUACGAGUAAAAACAGUUACUUGAAAAAAUAUUUUGGACGCUGAAAUAAAUUCGGCGACUUUUUUAAUUUAUUAAAUAUUUUUAUGGCUUUACGAGUAUAAAGACAUUUUUUUCAUAUUUCGUAGUAGGUACCGUGUUGUGGGAUUUGUACGGACAUUCUACCUCUUGUGGUCAUUUUAUCUUAGACAUCACAAUCAUACACAAAUUAUGCAAUAUUCAUUUUUUAAAAAAACUAGUCGAAUAAAUACAAUGAUGUUACAGACAUUAAACCAUAUUUUACGAAUUCUAAACGACGGCCCAUUUUUACACCUCCGAAUAUGACCACAUAAUUUAUAAAAGAUUGGACAUGUCCAUAAUAGUAUGUCUUUAGAGCUUCAAAUGAUACUUACGUGAUUACUUAAGAAACGAAUAAUGAUGAGUUAAGUUUUGUUAAAAUUUUGUCAAAAUGAUUUUUCCAACUGAAAUAAUAAUUUAAAUUUUCUCAAAAAAAUGUUGUAUAAUCACUUAGUCAGUACUUGUAUUCGUAAUAAUUCAUUUGAUUUUGAAUUACUAAAUAAUAAUUGAUAAUAAUAAAUAAUCCGCAAUCUGAAAAAUGGCAUUAUUUUUUUAUAUUUAAACAUAUCGUUGACAUAAACAAGAAAUAAUAGAGGUCCCAAUACAGAUCAUUGAGGUACUUCUCGUUCAAUAACUAAUUGAUUACUAGAAUAAAAAGAAAUUAAAAUUAUUGUCCAAAAAAUAUUUAAUAAUCUCUAAUGCUUGACCUCUAAUUCCAUAAAAUAACAUAAGAUCGAAAAUAUACUCAAUUAGGGUAAGCCUUGAAAGUGAAGUGAAAUUUCAACCACAUCAUAUGCUGUGUAGAAACUACAUAAGACAACAUAAUUUCAAACAUACGGUCGUAAAUAAACGGCUAAAAUGUGGCUAAAGUUCUACAAGCACAGCUUGCUCUAAUUGAGAAUAUUUUCAAUCUCAUGUUAUUAUCAUGUCUUAAGGUAUCAAAAGCAUUAGACAAGUCGAAAAAAAUUCCUGACACCGUGUAAUUUAGAUCAAUAGAUUUGUCAAUUUCUGAUAUAGCUUUGAAAACCGCUUGCUCAGUGGAACAAGAGAGUACAACCUAUUAUAAAUUACUCUUUUAAAUAUUUUUGAAAAGCUUGAAGGUAAUGUGAUGGGACGGUAGUUUGAGUCUUUUAGGAAAUUUCUCACCUAAAUAUGAUUUAUUGAUAAUUUCAGAAAAUGGUUCAGAAAUAUUAUGAUUAACUUUUUUUAUUAUAGAUUUCGUCAAAUCCACAUGAUUGCAUUUUAGAAAUUACGGAAAAAAUCUUUAGUGGGUCAGUAGGAAGAAGAAACAUUGUUUUAUUAUUACGUGUUCCCAUAUAACUUAUUAUUAUUUAAAGUGACUCCGUUAGCGGCUAUUUUACAAGAUGUUAUCGAGGAAAACUGUUCUGCUAGCAGAUGACAAACUUCAUAAGGUUCAUCAGUUUUUUGACCACUUGGCCCUAGUAGUGUUAUGUUUAAAUCUGUCUCUUUGCUUUAUAAAACUAAUGUAUAAAAAUUCUAAAUAUAAAUAUAUGAUUUGUUUUUAGACUUUAAGAUGUAGUGAUGAUUAGAUACCAUUUUUCUGUUAUGUACAAGUUCUUUAUUUAUUUAUUUAUUUAUUUAUUUUGUUUUAUAGAAACUUAACAAUCGAGGACUGUUUAUCGGUUUGUACAUAAACUGGAUAUCACGUAAUCUAUUUGAAGCUCUUUUUAUAUCUGACGUUACCCAAGAGUUUUUAGUCUUUUUUACAACAGUCACUACCACUAAUGGGAAAGCAUUGUCAAAAUGAUAAAAAAACAAAUUGAAAAAUGAUUCAAACAUAUUUUCCGCAUUUAUUAUUUCCUUAUACAUCUCGAUCCAUGUUUCAGUGCCAAGAAACGACACAAACGUUUUAAUGUUGUUGCUAAAAAUACGUUUUUGUUGUUUUUAGUGGUUUUUCUACCAUAAAAUGAAUAAAAUAAAUUGGAAAAAUACAAAACUGAGAAUGAAGUGAUCUGAAGUAAAUUUAAUUACCUUGAUAUUUCUUUGAUGUGACAACUGAGACCAUAACUAUCAAAUAAUUCAGUAAUAGUUUAACAGAUACUUUUCAGGUUUUAAAAAACUAUAUUAAAGUCACCACAAAUUAUUAUACACGCUGUAAAUGAAAUAAGUACAUUAAUUUUAACUGGUAAUAGAACUCGUCAAGACCAACAAUUUUUCCUAAUAACUUUUUUUUCAAAACCUUUUAUUGUUUGAGUUAAAAUUAUUUAAAAAUCUUACAAAAUUUUCUUACAUGCCACUAGAAGCAAAGUUAUCUAAAAUAUUCGACAAGAUUACCGCAAGAAUCGGUUACCGUUGGUUGCGAAUAUUAUUUAUUAUUACUUGUCUUUACUGGAGCAUUUCAUAAAAGGCUCGUCAAUUUGUAAGGGGAAAAAUGAUUUUA